CUCCGCAUCAGCGGUGCAGCGGCUUUUCCAGUCUAUCCGGGAUUUGCAACCUGACCCUUAAGGAACUGGACGGUUGGACGGACAUCCUCGAGGUUGCCAUGAGCGAAAUCUCGGCUCACUCCUGACACGCUCGUCUCGCUCAGCAGCAAAGGAGCCACGCGUGGCCCAGCCAGGCAUUUUGAAACUAUCCCGAAGAGAGGAACGCUCGCCUGGCAAGGCGCUGGAGAGUCUUGGGACAACGUGGGAUUUCCGCGUGUAAAUUCAUGGAAACGUGUGGAACGAAGUGGAAAGCCAAAGCUGCCCGUGCGUCUCCGGCUUUGCAGUCGUAAGAACUGCCUCCUUCCCCCUCUUUCACCCCCUCCCCCCGUCUACUUCUGCGCGCGCUGCGUGUUCCAAAGCGACCAGCUGGUGGUGCAAAUUCCACUUUAAAGGGAGAGAGGAGAGGACCGGAAUGACCGCCGAGAUUUGAUACUAACAAGCGCAGAACUGAUAUUCAAUUGCUUGUGUUAGUAGCUUUUGGUACAAAUUAAAAUCUUGUCUCCUGAUUAGGCUCUCAGGUUUAACUACGUCGAUCUUGUUGUUCCUGAGUUAAAUAUGCCUCUGAGGGUGGAAAAAUAAAAGAAUGAUGGAGUCAGUAGAACGUGGUCCUUCAUAAAUAGUAAAAACUCACAAUAUCUAGUGUACCUUAUUUUAAGAUAAAGAUUUUGAGGCUUUUCCACUAGGUGCUGGAACAUCCUUUUCAACUUCUUGUCUUUUGCUUUUUAGCUCACUCUUAAUUAAAAAAAGAGGCUGCUGACAAUUACUAUUAGACACUUCUUGAAGAUUCAUCUACCGUUGAAAAAAGUGGGAUCAGAUAAAUGUAUGGAAGUGAUACUGGUGACUUUGGAAAAAUAAUACAGUUUGGCUGCCAUAUCUGCCUAGCACAUUACUCCAGAGAUUUGCAUUUUGCUUGCUGCAAAAUGAAUUUCGUACAUAUAUGUGCACCCAAGUAGGAACACAUUUUAUGUUGUGAUACUAUAGCUCUCUUCCAUGAGCAUGGGGUGCUCUUAACUCAGAAUUAUUAGUGACAAAAAUCCAAAAUUGGGGUCUACAAUAUGGAACAGAGAUCUUGCUGUUUAUGUGCGACCAGGAACAUGGGAUAACAUCUUGUCCUCUUCCUCAGCUUAGGUUGCCCAUUGAUCACCUUUUUCUAGGCAGUGGUGUCAUCUAAAGUCUUCUGAUGUUGGAGUCACAGCUGGAAUAUCUACAACUGAAACGGAAGGCAGAACUGUCCAUGCUCGCCAGAGCCACUGGACCUUUCAACUAUGGCUGGAGACAAAUCUCUCUUUGUGGGCAUGUAAUGUACUUAUGAUCCAGUGAUUAUUCUAUGCAGAUUCCUAAUCUCAUCUGUCCAGUUCAGUGAGAUGAUGGAGCAUAGACGCCAGCGCCGCCAGCGGGCCUCUGAGAUUAUUCGCAAGCAGAAACGUAAAGAGCUGGAUGCCCGACGCAGUAAGUGCCGAAUCCGUAUCGGAAGCCAGCUGGAGCAGUGGUGUCAGCUCAAAGAGCAGCUGGGUUUUUCUCUCCAUUCCCAGCUGGCUAAAUAUCUGCUUGACAGGUACAGUUCACAUGCCUCAGUAUUGAAAACAGGAUCAGACAGCUCCUGUGCUGAUCCCAUCGCUUUUCCUUCGGAGGCAUUGCAACGUCUGGUUGUCCUUUCUCACAAUCACAGCCAGGAAUGUGGUUUCAUCCCUAAUGUGAAGACUGCUUUGCUGGAGCAGGAGAGAGUCUGCAGUCAGCUGGAAUGGGAGUGCCUGGCUGGUCACACCUUCACCUGGAGUCCCCCUGCCUCAAAGAUCAGCCCGCCACCCUUUUGCCAAACAGUUGCUGGUGGCAGAGAGGAGCAAGAGGAGGAAGCAAACACUAUCAAGCUUAGCUCCCCACCCUCUCCGGUCACCAGAUGCCGGCGCUCCCUCCGCAAGGCAGCAGCAGCCCAUGCCAUUUCGUUAGCACUUGCUUCCAGCUCACCCUGUCCUGUGGAUGAGCCAGAACCAUCUUUCCAAGAGGACGAGGAAUGUGUUACAGACAGAGAGAGGACGAUGUGUUUGUCUCCUGCCAGCCUGCCAGGUCUGGACAAGGAGACAGAAUUAGUGUGCAAUACAAAUUCGGAUGAUAGAGAAGCUGCACCAGAUGAGAUUCCAGAUAGCACUGAAGCUCCAGGACCAGAAAGGAUUUUAACUCUGCUAGAGGAGACACCAGAAUCAGUGUCUGGUCCACCAGAGGAGGAGGAAGCAGAAGAUUUCACAGAGGAAGAUAACAUGAUAUACAUGGAUGACCUGCGAGAUGAAAAUUAUCAGCCUUCCUUGGAUAGCUGCAGGAAGCAGGCACAGCCAGGAGAUGAAGACAUGUCCCAAAUUGGUCCUAAGAGAAUCAGGAAGGCAGCCAAGCGAGAAAUUCUCCUUUGUGACUAUGAUGGUUGUGGGAAAAUUUUCUCCAAUCGCCAAUACUUGAAUCACCAUAAGAAGUACCAGCAUGUUCACCAAAAGACCUUUACCUGUUCUGAUCCAAGUUGUGGCAAAUCCUUCAACUUCAAGAAACAUCUCAAGGAACAUGAGAAACUGCACAGUGAUAAAAGGGACUACAUAUGUGAGUUCUGCGCCCGCUUCUUCCGAACAAGCAGUAAUUUAAUUAUCCACAGGCGGAUCCACACCGGAGAAAAACCCCUACAGUGUGAGAUCUGUGGUUUCACCUGCCGCCAAAAAGCAUCCUUGAACUGGCACAUGAAAAAGCAUGACGCCGACUCCUUCUACCAGUUCUCCUGUGACCUUUGUGGCAAGAAGUUUGAGAAGAAGGACAAUGUUACUGCGCACAAGAGUAGGAGCCAUCCUGAGGGGGCCACUGGGCCUCCCCCACCAACGCAGGAGCCUCCCCCUCUGAGCUCUCCACUUGCAGAAGAGCCAAUGGCAAACCCGGUUCAGGCUCAGCUGUGUGACAUGGGGGAAAAGGUGGAGCCUCCUGCCCUUGCAAUUACCGUCAUCAUUGAAUAGGGGACCAAGCAGAAGGAGAAAAAGCAAGAGUAGAGAGAAUUCCUGACAUUUCCUGUAGGCCAGUUGCAUUACGUCAGCAGGUUGCAAAAUCAGUAAAGACACAUGGGCCCUAGCCUCUUAAAACAAGGUCCCAUCAAUCACAAUCUUUCUCUCAGCUCCUCUGGGGUCAGUUCUGGAAUAAAAGGACAAUCUUGGCAAUCUGCCUUGGCUGGCUCCAGAA